AAUGCCCAGUGUGCAUGAGGCCUUAAAUCAGUGUUUCUCAAUUCCAGUCCUCAUGGACCCCCAACAGGUCAUGUUUUCAAGAUUUCCAUUAUUUUGCACAGGUGAUUUGAUCAGUUUCACUGCCUUAGUAAUUACCACAGCUGUUUCAUCUGAGGGAAAUCCUGAAAACAUGACCUGUUGGGGGUCCAUGAGGACUGGAGUUGAGAAACACUGCUGUAAGUGAAGAUGCACUUAUAAUUAAGUGCUGCAGCACAUGUUUAUGGAAGUCCAUAGUUCUACUUUUAAUGGAUGUGUCAAUGCUGUUAUGACUCAAACAA